AUCGCUGUGGCAACGCCGUCGCGUAGUAUAUACAGAAAUCAAAUAAGAAUUUUUUUGCAAAUCGGAAACGCGCUUAAAUAACGAUAAUAACAACAAUAAGAUCAAUACAUAAACAAUAAAAAUUUGAAAGCGUAAUGAAACUGGAGGAGCUCUUGACAAAGGGUGCACCGUCGCCGCAAGAAGACGACGACGACGACGAAAAGGCGGAGUCGAAAACAAAAGCCACAAAUGCCUCUGAUGAGGGGGUGGAGAAUGCUGAAGAUGCUGCCGAGGAGUCUGCUGAAAAAGAAAGCGCAACGGGCAAGAAAAAAGGCACACGCAAAAAACGUUCGCUUAAUUGGGAAGAGGCAGAGCGCGGCCUCCUAUUAGAAGUGAUCAAAACAAAAGUCGCAUACGUUGAGAAUCGGAGCGUUGAUGCAAAAAGCAUCAAGGCCAAGAGACUGGCCUGGUCGCAAAUAACCAAACAAUUCAAUGCGCUGAACUUUCGCCAUCGACUGCUCGAACAGAUCCAGGUGCAAUGGCGCAGCAUGAAGAAUUCGGCGAAGCGUGAACAUCAGCAAAAGCAGCCCAAGUCGGAGGCGCUAGAGGGCAUGCGCAUGAUUGAGUUUAUGGAGGAGCUGCAAAAAGAUCCGGUGUCAUCGCGCAGUCAAACGCGCAGUGGCACCAACGGUGCGCUCAAAAAAGAGCUACUCGAACUGGACGAGGAUGAGGAUAUGCCGCUGGCCGCAUUACCGAAUUCCACAAAUGCCAGCGAGGAUACGUUACAGACAUCAACCAUGGCCAUACCCUCACCACCGCCCUCCACCGCUGGCGGCGACUCGCAGCAGGAGAGCACAUCUAAUCCACUCCAAUCGGCGUCCAAUCAACGACGCAAACGGGUCAAAGCCAAAGGCUUGCUAAACUUAAAAGACGACCCAGACACGGGAAACGGUGCAGCAACACAGGAAAAUGACAACGAGAAGACUUCACCAAUACGCAAAAGACGACAGCGCAAGCUUUCACAAGCACAAUCAUUGCUUUCGGAAGAUGAGUUACCAGCGGCCAGCGGCACUGCAGUUGGCUCACAAUAUACACCAAUAGCAGCCGCAGCUGCAGCAGCGACGUCGUCCAAUGAGGUCGCCAUGAGCUGCCUGGACAUGGAGGAGAAAUACAAACAACAGUUGUUUAAGCUACUGAAACAGGCGCGCCUUGCUGAGAUUGACUAUGCACGACGUGAGCAUGAACAGAAGCUACGCUUCGAGCAAAUGGAGCAGGAACUCAAGUUGUCGUACUAUCGCCAAGAGCAGGACCUCAAGUUGCGGCAUAUGCGCGAGGAGCACGAUAUACGAUUACGUCAACAGCGGCGCGAGCAUGAGGCGCGACUGACCGUUUACAAUCUCAAUAGCAACGCCCACAAUGGCAAUGGCGAAGUGGAGCAGCAGCAACAGCAACAGCAGCUGGCGGAACAGUCGCCACCACCACUACCCGUGCCCCAUGGCAUGCGCUGCAAUGCGAAAACGGACUAUAAUAAUGUACAUCUGGAGAGUGGAACGAAUCAGCCACAACCGCAGGCAUCGACAUCGUCAAGCAGCAGCAGCACGGAAGCAGCGCUGGCGGUCAAUGCCAAUUCCUUGGCUUACAACUAGUAGUUGCACACACUCACACUACAAACACAAACACACUCACAAAUAAUACGCAUUGCCAGCAUUUAGUGGGCGACAAGUGGAACUAGCUUGAAAUGCGUCUAGCAAAAUAUAGCCGACUCUCAGAAGAAGGAAAACUGUCUCAAAAGACAAACUCUGACUAAUCCAUGAAUAUAUAUAUAUAUAUAUAUAUAUAUAUAUAUAUAUUUAGAUAUAUAGAAAUAUGAAUACGUAUUCAUAUGCGAAUAUACUCACGUUGCCACAGACAUGACUCGAAUGGACUGUUCUCUUCUUUUUCCGAUUUGAUUUGACAGACAACCAAACCUAGCAAGCAACAAGAAACGAGCAUUUGCAUUUCUUUUGAUAUUAGUAUUAUUAUUAUGUAUUAUGAAUAUGAAUUUCACAAGCGGUUGUGUCGCAACAAAGACGCAAAAUACUCAAACUCAAUGAAUUAAUUAAGCAAAUUUUUUAACCACAUUCUCGCAUGGCAGUCAUCCCACAUCCGAUCCCAGUCAGUAUUCUAUUUUUGCCACUGUAUUAGAACUUCUCUUUGAGACCCAUCAAGCAGCUAUGUUAAGUUUAUAAUUUCAUUUUGAUUAUUAUAUAUGUAUGUGUAUACACAUAUGUAUUUUUUUUUAUUUUAUAUAUAAAUACUUAUACGAUAAUUGUACAUCUAUGUAGUUGUAUUUUGUAUGUUGUUUGUGUGCAUACAUUUAAUAUAUAUAUACAAAUAUAUAUAUAAACUUUUUAUAUAUAGCUGUCGUGUACUCGAUUAAGAUUACAUUUUUUGUAAGCCAAACACGAUUGUCUUUUAAGGUACAUUGCUAAGGUAUACUCCCCCUACA